AUGAGUGCCCGUGUCUACGUCGGCCAUCUGUCAUCCCGCGCCACCGAGCGCGACAUCGAGCACUUCUUCCGCGGCUAUGGCCGCAUCCGCGAUAUUGUGUUGAAGAACGGCUUCGGCUUUGUGGAGUUCAGCGACUCUCGCGAUGCUGACGACGCCAUCUACGAGCUGAACGGCAAGGACCUGGUGGGAGAGCGCGUGGUGCUCGAGCUGUCGCGCCGCGGCCCCAACGACCGAUUCGACCGCGGGGACCGGGACCGCUACGAUGAUCGUCGAGGCCGUGAUGGUGGUCGUGAUCGAGGAGCUUCUUCAAGGUUUGGUCCGCCGAUGCAAACUCGUCAUCGUCUGCUCGUCGAAAACCUCUCGUCGUCGGUGUCUUGGCAGGACCUGAAGGACAUGAUGCGCAACGCCGGCACGGAAGUCACAUACGCAGACGCACACAAAUCUCGCAGAAAUGAAGCGGUGGUGUGCUUCCAAACACGUUCGGAUCUGAAGCGUGCCAUCGAUAAGUUCCAGGGCAAGGAUGUGAACGGCAGGGACCUGAAGUUGACGGACGAUUCGGACCGCAAGAGCCGCUCACGCAGCCGCUCUCCGCGUCGUUCGCGCAGCCGCAGCCGCUCGCGUAGCCCGAAGAAGAGUCGUUCUCGCUCGCGCUCUCGUUCCAGGUCUUCAAGCCGUGGCAAGAAGUCGGCGUCUCGCAGCCGCUCGCGCUCGGAGGAGAGAGACAAGGCAAUGGACGAAGACAAGAAGAGUCCUCGCUCCCGCUCCUCUUCGCGUGAC